UUGUGUUGUUUUCUUUCCGGAAGAUUUUAUUUAGACAGAAGCGCAACUUUGGAACUGCCUGGACUAUUUGAAUUUCAUUAAAAAUAAAAGUGAAAUUAGCACUAGGUAGAGAACAUUUUGUUAUGUAAUGACGGAAUAUAGUUUAAAAUGCCAUUUUCCGAAGUGUAAGCUUCCAGUAGUUAACUCAGCUUUGGUUACCCGGUGUUCCCAUGUGUUUUGCAGUAAUCAUAUAAUUCCCGGUGAAGGCUUAGCUAGAAGAUGCCCUGCUUGUAAUACUAUCUUAGAUGGUUCUUAUGACCUUGUUAGUGCAAAUAUAAAUCCUCCUGAGGAAUCAAAAGCGAUAAUAUUAGCGGGAUACUCGCCUGAUGUUAUAUUUGAAAUCAUGUCCAAAGCUCUUCAAUUUUGGGAGUUCCAAAUGAAUAUGCAAAUAAUGUACCAGAAAACGGCAGCUGAUCAACUGCGAAUUCGUUUAGCAAAAAAGGAGACACAAUGGGAAACUAUGGAAUUGAACAUAAAGCAUUACGUGCAAGCCCAGGAGAAAAGAGUUAAUCAUUUAAAGAAUGAGUUGAGCACUCUUACAAGUACAUUGACAGAUAUUGAAGGCCAGCUAAACGAGAAAGACCGUCAACUGCGUAAUUUACAGUCCAGAUAUGACAGUCUCCGACAUCAGAAUGUGGCCUCAAUGAUAACCAAGGACACAGAAGCUUUAAAUACAGAACCACCGAUCUUCAAAGAGCGGUCAUUUCUAAUGAACAGAGAACCAGUUCCUCCCACUCCAAGUUUUGUGUUCCGUCCUAGUACUCCUCGCAACACUCCUUGUUCUUCCAUGUCAUGCUCCACACCACGCCAGAGACCUAACACCACGUGGCAGUGAUUUACUCUAUUACAGCUGUAAUAUCUAAACAGUUUAGUGCUUACCUAGAUGGAGUUUUCAUUUUCAAUAAGCCAUAAAAAGAUUUAAUUUGGAUUGUUUUCUAAAUAAGUAAUGUGUUUUAUGAACUAACCAUUUACUAAACAUGUAAUAUGCAUAACAGAACCAAUAACAUAUAUAUUUCAAUCCCAAUAUUUUUAUGGAUGGCAAAAAUAUCCAUAUAACAGCUCAGCACUUGUUACGGACGUUUUAUAAAGCACAACUAAAUGUCCAUUGUAGUGUUUCAAUAUGAUAAGAAAUAAUAGCUGUACUUUUUAUAUUUUAUUUAAUGCAUAAAGGUAAUAGAAUGUAUAAUAAUAAAAUUAUGGUGGAACA